GAGGAGGAGGAGAGAGCAGUGGGCAGCUCUCUGAGGAAAGAGGGAGUUGCUCUCUUUCUGUGUCUCUCUCACACAAGUCUUGCUGGCUGCUGGUCUCUUCUUCCUGCUGUCUACUCCGGUUCUCUCGCCGGCGGCUGGCUGGAGGAGUUUAUCUGUGUUUUGGCUGCCAUCUGGACCUGAACAUGCCAGAAAACAUGAGAAGACCCACAGGGGAUUCACUGUAAGGAUCUUGAUCUGUUGCGUUGUAUACAAGGAGCGUGUCAUCGCUGAGACAUGUCACAGAAAGAGAUUGUUGCUAUUUCAGGAGUGGAAGCACCUUCGUCUUUCUGAAGACAAUUGUGGCAUGAAACCAGACUGCAUACAUCUUCCACUCAUCACCUCCUCCUCUGUCAUCUCCCUCCACCACUCGCCACUUAGGAACUUUCACUUCAGCUCCACUGCAUUGAUGAGGUAACGUCGAGCUUCUCGCCGCGCAGCACCCUUCUGCACAGACUCCCUUCCCCCUUUCUCGGCCUCCUCCUGUGGACCUUUUCAUCGCAGACAUGGGCCAGAAGAUCUCUGGCAGUAUCAAAUCAGUUGAUGGUCGUGGGGAAAGUGGUGGCUCACCGUCGUACCGGCCUUCUGCUCACCGCCGCCAACACCCAGAACUGAGGGGCCCGGAUUUCUCAAAACCUCCCAGAUUGGACCUCUUACUGGACAUGCCAUGUGCUGGUCUGGAGACGCAGCUCCGUCACGCAUGGAACCCGGAUGACCGUUCGCUUAACAUUUUCAUCAAAGACGACGAUAAGUUGACAUUUCACCGUCACCCGGUGGCUCAGAGCACGGACUGCAUUCGGGGGCGGGUCGGAUACACAAGGGGUCUCCACGUAUGGAAGAUCCACUGGCCCACCCGGCAGCGUGGCACCCAUGCUGUGGUUGGCGUGGCAACAGCUGAAGCAGCAUUACAUUCUGUAGGAUACACAGCGUUGGUGGGGUCGGACUGUGAGUCCUGGGGCUGGGAUCUGGGACGCAACCGGCUCUACCAUGAUAGUAAGAACCGAGCACACAGCACGCUGCCAUCUUACCCCUGUUUUUUGGAGCCGGACGAGUCCUUCACCCUGCCGGACUCCUUAUUAGUGAUUUUAGACAUGGAUGAAGGCACGCUAAGCUUCAUGGUGGAAGGACAGUAUCUAGGAGUGGCAUUUAGAGGACUGAAGGGCAAGAAACUAUAUCCUGUCGUCAGCGCUGUGUGGGGACAUUGUGAAAUAACCAUGAAGUACAUCAACGGAUUGGAUCCGGAACCUCUUCCACUGAUGGACCUGUGUCGCCGAGCCGCUCGCCUGGCGUUGGGUCGGGAUCGUCUUCAGGAGAUCGACAGCCUCCCUCUGCCUCAGUCCCUCAAAAAUUACCUCCAGUACCAGUGACUGACACCAGCAGAAACAACUGGGAGUACAAGGACACAAACCAGACCGCCAGAACAUCUAAGGAUGAAUGGAUGAAAGUGUAGAAAAGAUGCAAAAAGAGGAUGACAAAUGAGCAGAAAGACUGUCCGCACAGAGAGCAUGCAGCUCUACAAAACAAAAAAGGAUGGCUUUUAUUAUUCAAGGAUGGUGAAUGAACUGACAGAGGCUUUCAAUCUAAAGACUAGACAGCACCAGCUUCUUCUGGAUUUCGAGCUGCUUUCAUUCAUUCGUUCAUUUUUUUGAACUUGAAAUAAAUUAUUGAUGGCGGUGUCCCAUCAGUGUCUCACUCGUCCUCUGAAGGCACGGUGUGGUGAAGUGGUGAGAGUUGGCGGUAAGACGGCUACCGCCACCUAGUGACGAGGACAAAAACUGCACCAAGAAUGCACACUAAUGCUAUCCCUGGAGGCCUUUCUGACUCACAGUCAGUGACCAUAUCAUUACUUUUUGGAUACCAUUGUGUGCACCUUUGGUCUCCACUGGCACAGGUGACAGGCUGCUGAGCCCGAGUGACCCAGCGGAUCUUAGCACUAAUGUUGGUUUUUUUUGACUCGGGGCCCGACCAAAAGCUCACACUACAUUCACUGUAGAUCAAGACAUGACUGCGGGGUAUAUGCAAAGUUUAUUAGGGAAAAAAAACACCUUGUCAAGCCUGGUUCUGGGCUUAGUGUGUAGAUUUAGUAGUAGUUAAGCCCUUUUCAGACAUGUUAUCAUUCAUGGCUGUAUUUGUGUUGUCAUGUAGACCUCUUAUUCCAUCUGUUACUUUGCUUAAAUGAUGACUGUUGUGGUGAGGACCUCAUGUUCUUAACUUUGUUAUUUAUUAUCUCACUUUUUACUUUACUUCCUAUUUUAUAAUGGCUGACAGUGCACACAGCCAGUGCGUGACAAGAUGUCAAGUUGUUGUUUUAAUGGAUGUUACUGUAUAUUUAUACAGUUGGCAUUGAAAAAUUUUAUCCAAAAUCCAGAGUCUUAUUUUGAUUAGAUUAGAUGCUGGAUUGGUAAUUAUUGUUCUUCAGUUUUGUUUUUUAUCUUCAUGACAAAUGUAGUACGAUUCUUUAAAAUGUUUAUCAGAGGAUAAGCACAUCUGCUAAUCUGCUCCAUCACGAUUGUGUGGGUGUGAUCAGAUUUGUUGCAAAAACCAAUUAGCUAGCAUGAGAUUCUGAUCCAUAUAUUUCUGGCUGGAAAUCCUAUGUAUGGAAUCACAUACUAAAUGAGUGUUUCUGCUCCAGGAUUGUAGAUGACUACCUUCUCUACCUAUGGAGGAUAACUGCUGACUGAUAACAACAAUAAGUUUUCAGAACCUUAACUAUGAGCAACAAGACAUCAGUUUAAUGGCCUUCUGUGCACACUUUGAGCUGCUUUGGCAUUUACAGUAAUGCCUCAACGUAAAAUACAUGUGUCAUUAAUUUUAUGAAGAUGUGUUUCUUCAGACAGACGUGUGAAUCACCAUAGAAUUUAUGUUCCUGUUUUAAUGAGGUGCAUGUCUGAAAGGGGCUUUAUUAAGGAAACAAGCGAGACAAACUCCUUUUCAUUUGCAUUUUUUAAAAGGUGCAGUGUGUAGGAUUUAGCAUAUUGCAGUGACUGUACCCAUUAAUUCACUGUCUCAUUCUGAGAAAUUAAACUAAAAUAAGAUAUGAGGCUCGGUUUGUCCAUGAUGUGUUACUGGAAAACUGUGUCCAUGUAAGAUGACGAACUCCCUCCUUCCUUUUUUCUUAGUUUGUACCUCCAUAAUUCCAUUCCUUCAGUCCUCUUUCUGUCUUAGUCCCUUGUGUACAGUAUGUGAGCGGCAGAAAUGAGGAGAAGACAUGGCAUUUAACUAAACAGGACUUGUUUGCUUCGUCAUUUCUAAUCUCAUCAGUUAAAUAUGAUGUGUGGCACGGCUGCAUCAUCUGUUAUUUUGUUACCAUGCACCGCUGUAGUUUAUGAUGCCCGUCAGCGAGCAGUGUUUACGAAAAACUAUUUAUCAACUUUAUAUUCUAAUCACACGGCGGCAUAAUGUGACAAGACACAGGUGUUGAUGGCUGAUUCCAAAAGAUACACCCGUGUAUCUUCAGUAAUAGAUCUCAGGCAAGCCUUUUCUCUCCUCCGGAUGCGUUUUAGGAGUUGAGACAUCCUGACUGAUGGCGUGCUGAGAUUGAUUUGUGGGUCAUAAGUAGGACUGAGGAGCGAGGAUUCGAGGAUGCACAAAAAAGAGGAGCCUCAUUCAUAGUUAAAGGGGAUUAUAGACUAAUGAAAACAUAAAAACUCCUAAUACAUCCCCUUAAAUCCUACGCAGUGCACCUUUAAGUUACAAUGUGAUCCAUGAAUUACAGGACACUGAAUAAUGUACAGUAUUUUGAUGUCACUCAUGACCAAAGCAUUUCAUACUAUAUAAGCCAUGAGGGGUAGGAAUGUGUAGGAGCCGUAGGUCGUGGCCCUCAGUAGUGUAACUAGUGCUAACAUGCUGUAGGAAGUCCAGGACAAUAAGAGAAGCCUCGCCUGCUGUUGUAGCACCCUGCUGUAGCUCACUGGUACCAGACAGUAUCUGUCUGCACUCUGCACAACUGUCUUAAUGACCACACACAGGACCAGAGCAGAUCCAGUCCCACUGCGUCUCCCAUAAAGGCCGUAGUGGGACGAUGGAACUUUACUGCUGCUCUGGUGACAUGGCAGACACAGAGUGGGAUACAUAUGGCCAAUGCACAACAACAUACAGUACAUGCACGUGCACACACACACACACACACACACACACACACACACACACACACACACACACAUACACACACUGUAGACCAAUCAUGUUUUAUUUCCUAAAAAAGGCUUGAGUCACUUUUUUUUACUUCUGAGUUUGUAUUCUACAUUAUUAUUAUUAUUGUUAUUAUUAUUAUUAUCAUUAUUAUUAUUAUUGUGAGUGUGGAGUCUGAUUCUGAUGACGGUAGAAUGAUGAUGUUUAUUUAUCACAAGCUACAGUAGUUCUAUGUUUUUUAUUAAACUGAUCGUUGAUGGUUACAUUCAGGUAAUUUAAUACAAAGAUGCUGGUGAUGAAGGGAGAGAGAAAUCACAUUUGUUUCUUCAAUGCUGCUUUUAUUAUUAUGAUUAUUAUUAUUAUUAUUAUUAUUAUAUUAUUAUGAUUAUUAUUAUUGUUAUUAUUAUCAGUGAUGGUGGUGGUCAUAUCUCCUGCUGUUUCCAUGACUUAGGAUCAGGAGAGAAGACCAUUCAGGAACGUAGAGGAAUGUAUCUGACAGACGGUGCAGUUGAGAUGUCAACACAUAUGAAAUGUGAAUAAAAGCCAACUGAAUUUGAA